UCCCUAGGGGCCCCGGGGAGUAGACAACAUUUACUGGACUCAGCCUAGUGUGUCGUCGAUGGAGAACCGAGGCCGGCAACUCCUAGAAGCCUGUGGGACCCUCGGGAUUCCUGCCGCAGGCACAUCAGGCUGCAGAGGAGGAAGGUCUUCCCUCUCUACUAUGGAGCCCCCUCCCCGUGAGGGUGGGUGUUAGGGGUUUCCCUGGUGCCAGGCGCCCAGAGCGGUGGACACAGCUCCAGACCUGUGCCGUCCGUCCUGGGGAUGGCCUGGCCCUGCCGACCCUGGGACCCUCGAAACACCAGCCCACCAGUCCGGCAUCUCGCCCCUCCUGACGCUGUGCUCCCAGGACCUGUGGCUGUAAGAUCGGAGCCGAGCUGGGACGGCGCGAACAGAGCCGAAAAGUCCGGCGCUGGCGCACAGACACGCCCGCUUCUCCCGCUUCCAGACUUGUGGGUGUGUCCCCUGGCCCGAGGGGCGUCUCCAGCUAACGGCACCCUGGAGCCGCCAGCCAAUCAGAGCUGCCUCCCGCCGGCACCGCCCCCCCACUUGGCGCUGCGGCCAAUCGGAGCGCCCGCCCGCACGCCCACCCACCCGCCGUCCCCAGUCGCAGAGCUAGAGGCGGAGUGGCGCCCCCGGAGUCGUGCGGCGGCGGCGGCAGUGCUGGCCACCAUGGAGAAGAUCCCGGCUCUGGGCCUGGGCACCUGGAAGGCAGCUCCGGGCGAGGUGACGGAGGCAGUGAAAGUGGCGAUAGACGCGGGGUUCCGGCACUUUGACUGCGCCUACUUGUACCACAACGAGAGUGAGGUCGGAGCCGGGAUCCAGCGCAAGAUCAGGGAGGGCGUGGUGACCCGGCAGGACCUGUUUGUCGUCAGUAAGCUCUGGUGCACCAGACAUGAGAAGUCCUUGGUGAAGGCGGCCUGCACCAAGAGUCUCAAGGCCUUGAAGCUGGAUUACCUGGACCUCUACCUCAUGCACUGGCCCAUGGGCUUCAAGCCCGGGGAGGAAGACCUGCCCCUGGACCGCAACGGCAUGGUGCUGCCCAGCGACACGGACUUCCUGGACACGUGGGAGGCCAUGGAGGACCUGGUGGUCACGGGGCUGGUGAGAGCCAUCGGGGUGUCAAACUUCAACCACCAGCAGCUCGAGAGGCUUUUGAAUAAACCCAACCUGAGGUUCAAGCCAGUGACGAACCAGAUCGAGAAACGGCGCGUGACCAGCACCCGAAGCCCCACCACGCUUCCUCCCGUUGACCGCCCCCCGACAAAGGGCAGCCCGUGUGCCGAUUACUAACAGCGGACACUGGCUCUUGAACUUUAUGUAGAUGAAGUGACCCAUUACGUACUCUUUCCCGCCUGGCUUCUUCCAACAUCGCGUCUGUUGGAUUCCUCCGCAUUCCUGUACGAUCGUCCGUCGUUCUGAUUUCUGCGUGGGAUUCCGCUGGGCGCACACACCACACUAUCGUUACCCACUCUGGCAUCGACGGCCACUUGCAUAGUUUCCGCUUGGGGAUAUUGAGAAUAGAGCAUCACGUUCCAUUUUUUAUAAACACGGUGUAGCGUGGAUGCAGGAGAGGUUGGGCAUCGCUCAGCGAGUUUCCACAGGGGAGCGUGCUGGUCGGCGCCUGGAGCCCAAAGCCCAACAGCGUCUGCCUUCUGGAAGCUCUCCUAGCCGCCUUCCUCAGAGCGGCACCCGUCCCGACGCGAGGCAUGCCUUAGCUUCCCUGCUUUAAACCCUGGCGUGCCUAGAAUGUUCAUGUGCAUGAUAUACGCCCCCGUUCUGUCAGGGUUCCUGCUGAGCAGCACUUUAAGUGGGGGAUGGGGGGGAGAGCUGUUGCUUCCUCUGUGGGGUGGGAGGGGCCUGAGGGGCUGUUUCCUAAUUGGGCUUCUGAGCCCCCAGCAACGUCCCCUCAGAAGAGUUUUCCUUGCUCUUUCUGGUGGCUGUGCCCAGCACGUUCCUGACCCUCAAGGGCACUGUUUGCAGCUCUUAAUUCACUCUAAAGGAGUAUUUUCAGCCCACUGAUGACCUGGAAUUGUACGUGAGAAUGUACAGAAUGUGCAGGCAGAAAUCCCGCUCUCAAGUUUCUCAAAAUGUCCACUGGAGUCCCCUGGAGCACGCGUGUCCCACAUGACUCCCCAGCGUCCUCCAUGCACCUGCGGAGCCUUGACAGAGGGUUCUCUGACCGGCUUAUUCUGGAUGCUGGGGGCGUGUCUGGGAACAAAACAAAGUCAGCCCAGACCCCUGCCUCUGUGCAGCUCGCAUCAAGCGGCGGGAGACAGACAACAGCAAAUAAGUACGAUGUGGAAGAUGUCAGAUGGUGACGCGGGCGAGAGCGGAAAGUAAAGGGUCAGAGGGAGGGCCUCCUGGAGCAGGUGCCAUCCGAGUGCCCAGGCGACGGGGUGUUGUUCCUCUUGCCCGUUCUCAGUGGCUUUCACUUUAGGUGUGGACGCUUGAGCCUCGAGACGGGUCCCGGAGCUCAUCGGCGACAGCCGAGACAUUAAGAGUGUGCCCUUCCCCCGUGUACGGUGACCUGGAUUUUCUCGGUAAGCGGUGCUUCUCCUUUCAGGUCGAGUGCCACCCGUAUCUUACCCAGAAGAAUCUGAUCAACUUUUGCCGAUCCAGAGAUGUGACCGUGACAGCCUACCGGCCCCUCGGCGG